GAGAAUAAAUCAUAGACAAUUUGAGACAAACGCCAUUUAUGUCAAACACGUUCUUUUUCCUUGAGGAGUUGUUAGAGACACGUGCGUAAGCUGCGCCGAAAACUCAAAAAUAAUUCAAAAUGAGUGAAGGGACAGCAACUAUUCGUACCCGUAAAUUCAUGACCAACAGAUUGUUGGCCCGCAAGCAAAUGGUUUGCGAUGUUCUUCAUCCAGGCAAACCGACAGUCAGCAAAACAGAAAUCCGUGAAAAGUUGGCGAAAAUGUACAAAGUAACACCCGAUGUAGUUUUCGUGUUCGGUUUUAAGACAAAUUUCGGAGGUGGAAAAUCGACUGGAUUCGCUUUGAUCUACGACACAUUGGACUUUGCCAAGAAAUUCGAGCCCAAGCACAGGUUAGCGCGCCAUGGAUUGUAUGAAAAGAAGAGACCUACACGUAAACAGCGCAAGGAACGCAAGAACAGGAUGAAGAAGGUGCGUGGUACCAAGAAAUCUAAAGUUGGUGCUGCCGCUAAGAAGUAAUGUGAUGGUGUAGGAGUAAGUUAAUAAAACC